AGUAUACAUUUUUCACUGGAUUUUAAAGAAACGUAUAAACUUAUCUGAGCAACUGAUAUUGAAGCAUAAUUUUAAAUUAAAAAUUAUAUGCCUUUAUUGUAAUUAUGUUUAAAUAUAAAGGAUGAGUAUAUUGUCUUAUUAUUCUACAAACUUAUGAGGUCUUUAUGUAAAGAUGUACAUAUGAAUCUCUAUCGAUAAAGGAAAGGCUUUCAUGAAACAAUAUAGUUCUAAUUAAUUAUACUAAGAUGGAAUGGUCAGACAAACUAAAUGAAUUUUACAAAAAGAUUCAAAUGUAUCUAAUGAAAAUGAGUCAAGAAUGUGGAGAAUUGAAAUUACUUACUUUGUGCAUUACAACUGAGAAUAAUAAUCAUAUUGAACACAUAUGUAAAUCAAUGAACAAUAUAUUUAAAAUCUAUAAUAUACCUAUAGAGGAAAAGACUUCAAUAAAUAAUGAAAGAUGUAUACAGUCAUAUAAAUACUUAUUAUUAAAUACUAAUUUUGAGAAUCAAGAACGUUUGGCAGAAGAUCUUGUCAGUGGUCACUUGGUUGAUAUGUGUCCACCUUUAUCUCCAUAUUUGCUUAUACAAAUAUUAUGGAGUCUUGAGUAUGAGGAGGUUUUAAUUGAAUCUCUUUUAUAUAUGCCACUUGAUCUGUGUACAGAGGUAGUGAAAACAGUUACAAAAUGUAUAGACAGAUUACCCUUUCAAAGAUUAGUUAAAGCUAUAUAUCAAUUGAUACUAAUCAUAUACACUAAAUUCUCUCAAUUAAAGGAAUGUAGUGUACAGUCCAAGAAUGUCGAGGAAAGCGUGCAAAAUUUAUUAAUGAGUUUUGAAGAAUUCUUACUAUUGUUAACAAAUCCAAAGUUACCUUAUUUAAUGGAAGCAUCAGGCUUAAAGAAAUGUGAACAACAUGGUAUCAUGUUAAAGAAGUUAAUUUGUACAAUAAGAAAAUGUUUGGAAAGCAAAAAUAAAAAAAUAUUGAUUUCUAGUGAACUUGAAAAAUUGUAUAACAUUACGUUUGGAAGAGAGGCACUUGUAAAGUGUGAAAGUACAUUGAUAGAAAAUACUAUAUUGACAUUAAAUCAACAAUUGGUAAACUUAUUGCUGACUAAAAUCAAAGAAGUUGAUUGUAAUAUUUACUUAAGCUGGGCAGAGUUGGAUGAUCAAGAGAACAAUAUGAUCUCUUUACAACGUUCCAUUGGAAUUGAAUGUUAUUACUUUAUAGAUUUUGUAUCAAAUGAUAAGGAAAUAUCGGAGAACACGCAUUUGAUAGAAUGUUUACAGCAAUUAUCAUGUAAAUCAGAUCCUAAACAGUCGAGCUUUGCUUUAAGUCUAUCAGAACUCUGUUGUGCCAUACAUAGUGGUAAAAAGGAUCUCAUGAGAGAAUUACUAUGUAGGUACAAAGAAUGGGACCGCAUGGUGCUUGAUUUCAUUUAUGACAAUAGAUCAUUACUAGAAAAAAAAGACUGUUUAACACUGUUAGAAUAUCUUACUUUUGUUCUUAUGCAAUCAACAGAGGAAGAUUUGAAAGAAUUCAGUUACACUUUAGUUAUAAAAAUAUUAUCGUGUCAAAGUGUAACAAAUAUUUACGAGGUUAUAACGAUGUAUUUAACGAAAUAUGAUGGUAAAAGUUAUUUAGAUUGUCCGCACACAGAUGAAGCAUUUCACGAGUUUAUUAUGCGAAACACAAAUUUACAAACUUCCACAAAUUUAAAAACGGUUUUACUGUUUCUUUUAAAAAAUCCUAAAAUGGUACUAAUAGUACUUUUGAAAAUUACUAUUGGUCAUUCUCAUUAUAGAAAUAUCAUGAUUUCUCCUAAUGAUUUACUUUUAUUAUCACCAUUUAUGCAAAUAAGAGAAGGCAAUAAUCAAAUAUUAUUAACAAGUGUGCUAAGAAUUAUUUGUAUAGAAAAUACAGAAUGGAAUGCUAAGAAAUUCAUGGACCUCGUGAAUAUCAUGUUAGACAAUUCUGUAAUUAAAGUACAUGACUUGAUAAAUAACGUUUAUAUACCAUAUUUAAGGCAAGAUACCUUUAAUGCAUCAAACAUAAGUUCUGUUCUUAAUAGUAUUCGCAAACUGCAGGUGAAAUGUACCAAAGAUACGAAUAUUAAAGAGUUGAUAAUAGUUCUUUCAAGAAGAAUGUCAUUCCUUCGAAAAAAUACAAGUAUCUCCAAAUAUGUAAGCAAUGAAAUAUUUAUUCAGAUAACAAGAAUAUUGCCAUAUUUUUUGGAAAACAAAAUUUUUCCUGUUAAAAUAAGAAAAGACAUUAUUGAUGAGAUUGAUUCUGUCAUUGAACCAAUAGACAAGUUACAUUUCAGUUCCAUUUGGUAUUUUAUACAAAAAGGCGUCAGUGUAAUUUAUAUAAUCGAAGAUUAUCAAAGACGUUGUUUUUUUGUAUUGAACAGAUUAAAAGAAGAUCCAAAAACUUCAGAAAAAUUGCGACAUUAUUUGUCUAAUUUAAGUUUAUUAAGAGAAGAUUUUCUGCGCCAUUUGAUCAUUCGUUCGACCGAAGAAGAAUAUCAGAGAAUAUGUUCUGAGCUUACUAUAAUUUAUUGGAUCGUUUUUGGAUGGAAUGACGAAAUGGAUGCAUUCGAUCAUAUUCUACGUGUGACGAUAGAGGCGUGUUGUUUAUCUCUAGAAUAUCCAUCUAUCGGUGGAUGCGAUUUAUUCACAUUUUUACUUAAAUCUCUCACGCGUUUCUGUAGAACUUUUAUAUCGCUUGAAGAAAUGGAAAAUUAUGAGCAAGUAUACCAAACAUUAAUUAAAAAUAUCAACCAACUCGAUGGAAGCAUAAGACAUAGUCCUUAUGCGGAUCUAUUCACUACCUGUAUUACGCAUUUAAAUGAUCAGACAGAAAAUGAUUCUGCAAAUUUUCUGCAAGAUGUUUUAAACACUUUAGAUCAUUUCAGUGAUCAGUGCUUUGAAUAUAAUAAGUACAAUAAAUAUAGUGAAGCAACAUAUAAAAUACCUCAUUCUCUGAAAGUUUCAAAUUGUUAUAUGACUUACGAAAUAAUUUCUGCUUGUCUGAAAGUACCUGCAACAGAAGCUUAUGAAUGUAUUAGGAGAAUGAACGAUCUAUUUGUCCCGAAAUAAAUAAAAGUGGGAAUGGAUUAUGAAUAUUGAUUCUUUGUUGAAUUUAAACUACUUAUAUUUUAAGUUUACAUUUAUGUAAUCUAUUUCAUUUUUUUACUAUUAAUAGAUCUAAGUUGGCCUUUAUCAAUACCAUCCUGAAACUUCACAAAAUGCUAAAGCAGAAAUUUAAUAUACUUCAUGAUAUGCCACAAUAGUUGCAUUAGGUAAAAUAUAUUGUAUUUAUAAUAUUAAUAUUAAUACACAGGCUGUGGCAAUAACUCUGAUCAUCUUGAAUAUUUCCGUUAUUUUUAGAGAUAUGGAAAAAUUUUGAUUACAAAAGUUGCAUAGUGUGAAGGGGGUCAUAAUAUACCAGUAAUAAUCUUUUUGUAGGUGAAGCAUUUUCAAAGAUUUCAAGGUCACGUCCGUUCUUUUAAAUUACUUUUUUAUGCUUGGUAAAAUAUAGGAUGUUUAGACGAUCUCAACAACCCUUAAUACAAGGUCGUUUAACAAUAAAUAAAAGACACAAAUCAAGACAGCAACAAAUAUUACGUCAUGAUGAAGUGGUGCAAAUUUUGAAAUCAUCGAAUUGCCGAAGCCUGUUCACUUAUCAUUUUCAAAUUGAUUGAGUCUUUGUUUCAUGCUUAAUAGCAUUGUUAACUUUUUUUGGUACACAGUAUUUUUUAAUAUUUCCCACAGAAAUCGAAUGAUGUUUUUAAUCAUUAAUAAAUAUCAGGAAGAUAAGCUGGCCACGAAACUGACCCAUCACGUCCUAUCCAUCGAUUGAGGAAGAUUCUAUCAAGUAGUUUUUACCGUGCAUAAUGCAUGAGACAGUAGCGUUAUUGGUUACAAAUGUAAAUAUGUCCAACGACUAAUACAGGGAGAAUAUUACAAGAUAUGAAACGAAGACUCAUUGCAGUAUGUGCUACAAUCAAUCCGGAAAUGAUAACAAGUACACGGGUUUUGACAAUUCGACGAUUUCAAAGCUGCAUCGAUUUAAAUGGACACCACUUCGAACAUUUAUUAUGACGUAAGGUUUGUUCCUUACUGUUUUAUUUCUUGUUGAAUGACAUUGAAUUAGGAGUCGUCGAAAUCAUUCUCUACUCUACCAGUCACACCAAAGUAUGGCACGGAAUUUUAAAAAACGGAGGUAAACUUCAGAUAUUUUUAAGUGAUCAGAGAUAUUGCCGCACCCUAUAUUUGUAAAUAUGUAUAUAAAUAUAUAUACUUACCACUAAUUCGUUACGCAAUUUGUUCUCUUCUUGUUUGAGCCUACAGAUUUUAGUUUUUGUGCGAUUUUUAUCGAAUUAUAAAGUAUUUAAAAAAUUAUUUCCAUAAUAAACGAUAAAACAACUAACGCAAACGGAUAUUAAAUAUUUUCACGAUCAAUAAAUUUCUAAUUCGAUUAUUCUAUUGCUGAAUCACUUAUGUAAAAGAAUUUAUUAAAAAUUUUACAAGUUUAAAAAUUAUAGGGAUUUUUUAUAUGUAUUUUCAAUCCUUGUAACGAAAAUUUUUUUACAUCUUAUUAAAAUUUCCAACUUUUUAUCUUUACGUCCUAAAGGAGUUUUUUAUAAUCAGUACUAAAGUAGUUGCUUGUUUUUAUUCUAUAUUAUAUUUGUGCGAUAUUUCCAAAAUGCCAGUACAAUGGUUAGUAAUAAAAAAAUGUGAAAAAAUUGCAUACAAAGAAAAAAUGUGCACCAGUAUUGAGACAGGCAAAAAUCAAGUGGGUAGCUUCCUCUGGAUAGUCUCAAUGCUUUCAUGGAAAAAAAUUUGGUCUGCAAUAUGAGACAAAAUUGCUGUAUCAGCCUAUCGUCUUUGAAAUUAAAUUACGAUUUCUAUCUUUAAUCCACAAAUAUUAGAUCCAUGCUACAUUAUUUAGACUAUAUCAAAAAAUUAAUAUUUAAAAUAAUUUCAAUAUAAAGAAUCGAUUUUUCAUUAAUUAGACAAUAGGGUAGUACAGUCAUGCCUUUCAUAAUAAAACCAUUAUUUUCUCCAAGUUAAGAACCAUACAUUUUUUCCAUGUCAUUGAGUUACAAGAUUUCUAUAGUGACUAGAUUCUUAUGUUGGUAAUAUAAAUGGAAUACAAUACAACGUUUGAUAAUUGAAAGUAGAUUUUUGACAAAUGAAAACGAAAUCAAGAAUGAGAAUAUUUUGUCACAAAAAAAGAUACUCGUUUAUUUCCACUCGCAUUUUUAAAAAGGGAAAUAUACGAGUGGUACGUACUCUUAUGUUCUACUUCUUUUUUUUCUCUCUCGCCACUGGUAAAAAAUAACACAUGUUUUCGUUUCGCCUAUUUCUCCUGCCUCUUUUAUCGACGCGAUUAACAAACAUCUCAGGUGGAGAAAGAAAAAAAAGAAUUCGAAAUACCAGCGAGCAAUUUUUGCGGAUGGUGUCGUUUACAAUCGAGUGGUCUCGAGUAUCUGUUUCUUGUCUACCCAAGUGAUAUUAUCGCUCGAACAGUAUAGUUAAUCCGAUCAAAGAACAACGAACCAAAGAAAGACGGGCUAAAACAACAAAGAACAUAACUAUAUCUCGCGAAGGUUGUUUGUCAAUGAAAUGCACAUUUUUUUACUGUAAGCCAUUCUCAUUGUUGUCUUUUCGAAUGUCAGAUCAGUAUUCCUUCAAAAUUUUUUUUCCUUCAUUAAUAUUAAUAUUAUUAUUAAUUAUUAUUAAUAUUAUUAUUAUAUAUAAUUCGACGCUAUAAUAUUUACAGAUUCUUCACAUUGUAAAAAAUAUAACGUAUUUCGUACUCAAUAUCAUACGCAGGUAGUACUGAAAGGCCGAUAUACAUCUAAAUCGUGGUGUUUCUCGAAUUAAUGUGACCCAGUUGCGUAACAAAUCUGCAUGUAUACAUAUAUAUUGUAUGUAUAUAUAUAUAUUUAUAUAUUUAUAUUUAUAUCAUUUAUUUAUUCAUUCAUUUAUUUAUAUCUAAUUAUAAAAUCGUAUGCGAAUCGUUUUUUUAUAGGUGGUGAAUUCUUGUGCUUUCUCUUUUCCUAAUCUUUUUCCUUCUUUCACUUUUGUUAUAAAAGAAAUAAAAAAAAAAGAAACGAUAGAUAAUACUAAAAAAUAUUUGCUGGCUGAGAAACAAGGGAACGAAACGUACCUGGUCCUUGACACUUGAUAUGCUCACUCAGGCGAAGCUCGAUUUUUUUUCUUUUUCUAUUUCUUUUUUUUUCUAGUAUUUUCUUAAUGCUCGAUAGCUUUCCAAGUAAGAGGACAGUUUUUUUUAUCAUUAUUAUUAGUAGUAGUACUUUAUCAUCUUUUUUUUGCAUUUUUAGUUUUUUUGGGUUUCUCUUCAUUUUUUCUCUCUCUCUCUCUCUCUCUCUCUCGUGUACAAAAGUUUUCAGUGCAUUCUUUAGAAAAAUAUUCUUAAAACGCGAUCCCACGCCGGAGAAACGUGUGCGUGUACGUUCAGAAGCGAUACAAAUAUAGAAACUUCUUUUUUCCUUUAUUCCGUUUUUUUUUUUUUUUCGUGCAUUUAGUGUGUAUAUAAUGUACUUAGAAAGCUAUCCCGCGGGCAGUCAAUGAGCGUCCUUUACUUUUCCCCCACCCCUGUGUCCAACCCCUCACUCUACCAGUUUUCUUUCCUUUUUUCGUUCUUUCUUUUUUUAUUAUUCUCUUUGCCAAUCUAUGGUUUUCGCGAAGCACAAAAAACCCAGGAGGGCGAAAAAACGUAACGAUAAUAGAGCGAGAGCGAUUACACGUUUCACAAAGAGGCCCUUUGAUUCGCCGUUGAAAGGCUUCUAUACGCGGUUAUUAUCGUCGCCUUUUAAUAGAAAAACUGCGGUUAUAAUCUACGGGAUCACAGCGAGACUAUGAAUUUUCCGAGUGAUAAAAUAGAGGAUACGAAUAAUUAUAUCUGUGUUGCCACCUCCUGUUCCCCCCUCCCACUCACUUUUCCCCCUUUUUUCUUCUUUGUCUGUGUUUAUAUUAUUUGAGUACAAUAACGAAAUAUAUUAAAUGGCCGAUUCGCUACGUCGGUAUACGCUUCACCAAUCUUAAACUGACGAAACGUAUUAGCACCCUUCAUUAGACGAAUACGCGAGGCUACUUCGGAUUCUCCCUCUAUAUACUCUACUGUAUAUUCGAGUACUUCGUUCCUCUAAUGCAUAUACAUAUACAUAUACAUAUGUGAUGUAUAAUGGUUUCUAAAGUAUCAAAUUAUAAAUAGUAAUAUUUUGGAAUGAGACUAAAAUGUAAAAAAUAACAAAUAAUCGUUUAAACUUAUAAUAUAUAAUUAUCUAACGUGAAACAUAUAAUUAAACUUAUUUUUUAAAAAUUAAAAAAA